AUUUUUUACUGUGUAUUUUCCAUGACAACAGAAAAUUUGUCUGUCAAAACAAAUACAUAUAAAAAAAUUGUAAACAAUUUGGCGCAGUAUUUAAUUUUCAUGUUAUAUUAAAGUUAUUACGAUUUUGGAUAUAAAAUGGCAGGUGGUUCAGUUUUUAUGGAUCAGCCAUUACAUCGGAUGUCUUUUACUGCCGAGUGGUAUCAAGAGGAGGCUGCUAUAACUAAGACCUAUGUUAUUUCAUUUUUCCCAGCUGACAAAUCAUUGGAAAUUAUUGAUCUACGCACAAAAAAAUUAUUUUUGCGCCGUUUAAAAAUGCCACAAUUAUCUGAGCGAGAUUUCUUCAUUGGUUCCAAAGUAAAUGUGUUCGGACGUCAAUUUGACAUUGUUGAUUAUGGAGAUGGUUUAACAAAAAGUGUCCAAUACAAACAACGUGAAAAGGCAUUUGUUAUCUUGAAAAGUACUGUAAUGCAUCAAUUGGGCAAUAUCAUAUGUGCACUUGUUAAUUCUCGAUUUGUGCUCAAUCGUGGACUAAUGCUGCAAUUUACUGCCGAUCAAGUAAGAUUAUUCUUUGGUAAUAUAAAAAAGGGUGAUUCGCAAACAUCGGUGUUAAUGAACCAAUUACUAAGUGGUCCAUCAAUCUGCUUGGAAUUAAUGUGUGAGAAUGGUAUGGAAAAACUUAGAUACUGUUUGGGGGAAAAAGUCGAAACAAACUUCACACAUAUGCCUAACAGUCUAUAUGAAGUAAUGAAAGAUGAUAUAAUUCGUACUGGUAUAUAUUGUUCACGAUCUAUUGAUGAAGUCGUACGUCACGGCGAGUUUUUGUUUGGGGAAAAAGCCCGUGGUAUUAUAACUCCAGCCUGCAAAUUGGAAAACUCAACUCUUGCAAUCAUUAAACCUCACAUUCUUAAGACAGGGCAACAUGGUGAAAUUCUUCAGGAGAUUUUGGACAAUGGCUUCAACAUAACUGGGUUCCGUAUUAUGUUAUUGGAACGCUUAUAUUGCGAAGAAUUCUACGAAGUUUACCGAGGCGUUUCAUCCGAAUAUAUUCAAAUGGUGCAUCAAUUAUCCAGUGGCAAUUGUAUGGUUCUAGAACUUGUUUCUGCUAAUCCAGAAAAAAAUUGUCAUCAAGACUUCCGAAGUUUAUGUGGACCUGUAGAUCCGGAAAUUGGAAAAAUGCUACGUCCUGAUAAGUUGCGCUCAAAAUAUGGUGUAAACAAAGUUGAAAAUGCUGUACACUGCACUGAUCUGCCGGAAGACACAAUUAUUGAAGUACAAUAUUUUUUCAAAAUUCUAUUUUAAUUAGAAUCAAUGCCUAUAUAUUAGUUAUAAAUAUUUC